AUGUCCACUCACCAGCCAACGCCAACAAUCCUCCUCCCAGACCUCCCUCCAAAAACCCUCGUGGGCAUCGACCUAAUCACCUUCACAUCAACCGCCAACUUCCACGGAAUCCGCGACCUCUCCCCGGGAUGGCACUUUCUUUAUACCGGAACAACAGAAACCCUCUCUCUACGCAGCGGCGCAUGGUUCUACAUCGGUGACAUCAGCAACGCAGGAAAGGGACAUAACGAUACAGCGCUCGUCGCGCGCAACAAAUCCCAACCCCAAAAUGCCCCAGCACCCGAAAUUUACAUAUGGAAAUGGAGCGCAGAUACAGAGACUCUGGUCGCGCUGCAUGGGGAGAGCGACUCCGCCCGACAGGAGACCAUGCGCCACAAAGCGAAUCUGGGUUCUGUCUGGCAGAGUGGCGGGCUGUUCAAGUAUCGGAGUCGCAUUGCGCCUUCGAUGCUUGUCAAGCCCGAGAAAUCAGAAUCUGAGAAGAUCGAAGAAGAAGAUCAAGAACAGCCCCAGAUCCAAGCUCGCAUCCAGACUGAAGAUGAUGGACGGACGGAGGAGAGUGGACGGAGGGAUUGGUCUGGGCUGACGGAUCGGAUUUCACCGAACCUUUUGUCGCGGAUUAUUGGAGAUCCAGAGGUUGAUGUUGAUGGUCAUCCAAGAUGGGUGCUGUCGUCUGCUUCCACGGCUAACCGUGAUGCGGACCAUAUCCCGGGCGUUGACUCGCCAGUUGAAGGAUCGAAUGAGCCAGGGGCGGGCGAUUCAGAACGCGAAUUCGGCUUUAUUCCUGUCGAUUUGAAGCGAACGUGGCGGGAAGGCGCAGUGGGUCGUGAAAGGACAGAGGCUGCUCAGGAUCGGUCUUGGGCUCUGGGUGACUUGAUCGAUCGCUACGCUGGGGAAGCUUCUGGGGGGAAUGAAUUGCUUGGAGAGCUGCAGUUCACGUUCCUCAUGGUGCUGACUAUGAUGAACUACUCGUGUCUUCAGCAAUGGAAGCGGCUUCUUGAACUGGUGCUUACAUCUCGGAGGGCAAUCAUCGAUAGAGAGGCGUUUAUGAGCGAAGUGCUUCGGAUCCUUGCGUUGCAGUUGCAGCGGUGCGAUGAUGUUGAAGGCGGACUUUUCGAGAUUGAUGGCGAUCAAGGCGGUACUUUCCUCCGUAGUUUGCUCAUGAAGCUGCGUCAAUCGGUUGAUGACCUUGUUGGUGACUCCGAAUCCAACGUCAAGUCGGAGCUUGAUGAGCUCGAGGAGUGGGUGAAAGCAGAAUACGACUGGGAGCUGCGUCGGGGAGCUGUGGUCCGCCAAGGUAUUCUUCAAUUAGAGGACGGUGAGCAGGUUGAAAUGGACUGGGACGGGAAUGAUGAAGACGAUGAGACUGGAGAAUAUGCUCCGCUGGUGGUUGACAUGUGA